GGAAGGAGGCGGCACCGGAGGGGAGGCCGGGCGCGGCGGCGGCGGCGGCGGAGCAGCAUAAUGCUAAAGAAGUAAACAGGUCAUGGCACGUUUAACAAAAAGACGACAGGCGGAUACAAAAGCUAUCCAGCAUCUCUGGGGAGCCAUUGAGAUUAUAAGGAAUCAGAAGCAAAUCGCCAACAUUGACCGCAUUACAAAGUAUAUGUCUCGAGUCCACGGUAUGCAUCCCAAAGAGACGACCCGUCAGCUGAGCUUGGCUGUGAAAGACGGCCUUAUUGUGGAGACGCUGACCGUGGGCUGCAAAGGGUCGAAAGCUGGCAUUGAGCAAGAAGGGUACUGGCUGCCAGGAGAUGAAAUCGCCUACAGUUCGCAGCCUUUCUUCAGGACAGCAACCCCAAACAAGGACUGGGAAACAGAAAAUCAUGACUGGUAUUGUUUUGAAUGCCAUUUGCCUGGAGAGGUGUUGAUAUGUGACCUGUGUUUUCGUGUGUAUCAUUCCAAGUGUUUGUCUGAUGAGUUCAGGCUUAGAGACAGCAGUAGUCACUGGCAGUGCCCAGUUUGCAGGAGCAUUAAAAAGAAGAAUACAAACAAACAGGAGAUGGGCACCUACCUGAGAUUCAUUGUCUCCCGCAUGAAGGAGAGGGCCAUCGACCUUAAUAAGAAGGGGAAGGACAACAAGCACCCGAUGUACCGGCGGCUGGUGCACUCCGCCGUGGACAUUCCCACCAUCCAGGAGAAAGUGAACGAGGGGAAAUACCGAAGCUACGAGGAGUUCAAAGCCGACGCCCAGCUGCUGCUCCACAACACAGUCAUCUUCUACGGAGCAGACAGUGAGCAGGCGGACAUCGCACGGAUGUUGUACAAAGACACGUGUCAUGAGCUGGAUGAACUACAGCUCUGCAAGAACUGUUUCUACUUGUCAAACGCCCGUCCUGACAACUGGUUCUGCUAUCCUUGUAUACCCAAUCAUGAGCUGGUUUGGGCUAAAAUGAAGGGUUUCGGGUUUUGGCCGGCCAAAGUCAUGCAGAAAGAGGACAAUCAAGUGGACGUCCGCUUCUUCGGUCACCACCACCAGAGGGCCUGGAUCCCCUCUGAGAACAUCCAGGCCAUCACCGUGAACGUGCACCGGCUGCACGUGAAGCGCAGCAUGGGCUGGAAGAAGGCCUGCGACGAGCUGGAGCUGCACCAGCGCUUCCUCCGCGAAGGAAGAUUCUGGAAGUCCAAGAAUGAGGACCGAGGGGAGGAGGAGGCCGAAUCCAGCAUCUCCUCCACCAGUAACGAGCAGCUGAAGGUCACUCAAGAGCCGAGAGCCAAGAAAGGACGGCGCAAUCAAAGCGUGGAGCCCAAAAAGGAGGAGCCAGAGCCGGAAACGGAAGCGGUGAGCUCCAGCCAGGAGAUCCCCAGCGUGCCUCAGCCCAUCGAGAAGGUGUCGGUGUCCACGCAGACCAAGAAGCUGAGCGCCGCCUCCCCGCGCAUGCUGCACCGCGGCACGCAGACCGCGGGCGACGGCGUGUGCCAGAGCGCGUGCCACGACAAGUACACCAAGAUCUUCAACGACUUCAAGGACCGCAUGAAGUCGGACCACAAGCGCGAGACCGAGCGCGUGGUGCGCGAGGCCCUGGAGAAGCUGCGGUCCGAAAUGGAGGAGGAGAAGAGACAGGCGGUCAGUAAAGCGGUGGCCAACAUGCAGGGCGAGAUGGACAGGAAGUGCAAGCAGGUGAAGGAGAAGUGCAAGGAGGAGUUCGUGGAGGAGAUCAAGAAGCUCGCCACGCAGCACAAGCAGCUCAUCUCCCAGACCAAGAAGAAGCAGUGGUGCUACAACUGCGAGGAGGAGGCCAUGUACCACUGCUGCUGGAACACGUCCUACUGCUCCAUCAAGUGCCAGCAGGAGCACUGGCACGCCGAGCACAAGCGCACCUGCCGCCGCAAGAGAUGAGCCCCGGCCCCGCCCCCGCCCGGCCCCGCCCCCGGCCGGCCCCGCCCCCGGCCGGCCCCGCCCCGGCCCCGCCCCCGGCGCCCCGGGCCCGCGCGCGCACGCGCGUCUCCGCCGGCCUCCACGCGCGUCUCGGCGUGGCGGCGAUGGCGGCCUGGGCGGCCGCCGUGGACCUUGGGGCGGGCCGGGCCGGCGGCGGAGAGCGGGCGGCCCGGGAGGGGGGCGCGGGCCCGAGCCCUGCCCCGCGGGGCCCCGCACCGGGACUGAAUCUAGGGAACAGGGUGCACAGCGCAGGGCCCGGCCCGCGUUUGCUUUCUUAAACGUCUCCCGGUCGUGUCUUUCCUUGAUUUCUUU